CUGAAGACAAUAUUUAUUUAUUUAAUUUAUUGUGCAUGAUGUUGAUUUUUUCUUGUGGUGUGUAUGGGUGUGAGUCGAAUUGUUUUUUCUUCUCUACUGCUGCCCAUUAUCAAGUGUUGGUUGUGUAAGACCAGCACAGGGUGACCGUUAUAUAUGCAACAAUUUGUCAAACAGGGUUUUUUCAAUUUUUGGUGAUAAUUUUUCAAUGUUUGUGCGUGUGUAUGUGUGUGUGUUUGUUCUACCUUGAUCAAUAUCAAAGCAUCCGUUUUGUUUUUUUUUUUUUUUUUGAAUUUCAACAACAAUUCAGCCUGUCCAGCCAAGCAACCAAUCAAUUUCGAAAUAAAUAAUCUCAUCGCAUCUGAUCUGAUAAUUGUUAUCAAUCACCAUCAUACCUCACUGUCCACCACAAUAUAAUAAUCGUUGCUAUCAACAACAAAAUCCCCGAAUAAAUAGCCAAAAUGAGUAAAUAUCUGGCAACAACACCUUUAACCUUUUCACUUCUAUUCUACACAUCGCUUAUCACAUCGAUCUUCGAGGUCAUGUCAGCCAGGCUGCCAGAUAUUUAUUGGAAUUCGACAAAUCCAAUAUUCCGCAUAGAUAAUACUGAUCAUAUAAUCGAUGUAAAUCGUGGCAAUGCCGCAUUUGAAUAUGAUCAAAUCAACAUCAUAUGUCCAAUGUAUACGAAAGGAACAAGAGAAGACGAUAUUGAAACGUAUAUCAUUUAUAAUGUUUCAAAAGAAGAAUAUGAUGGUUGCCAUAUUGCCAAUGCAGCAUUAGCACGUACGAUAGCUGUCUGUGAUAAGCCAUUUUUAAAUCGUUAUUAUACGGUUACAUUUCGCCCGUUCACACCACAACCUGGUGGAUUAGAAUUUCAUCCUGGUCAAGAUUAUUAUUUCAUUGCAUUAUCGGCUAAACCUGGAGAUGUUUCCAAUCAUUGUCAGAAAUAUCAUAUGAAAGUUGUAUUCAAGGUGUGCUGUGGCAAACAACAACAACAACAACAAUCAUCGCAACAGCCACAAUCGACAAGUGCCGCUCAUCGACCAUCAUCAUCCAUUGUUUCCAAACCUGAACCAGUGAACAACAAUGGAAUCGUUGGUAGUAACAGCAGUAUCAAUUCGACUAUUGCUCCAAUUAGCAGUAGCAGCAGCAGCAGUACAUCAAUGCCUCAAAGUUCGACAUUUUCAUUCGUCGAAUUUGUACCUGGACAUAAUAAUCCGAAUAAUAUUGGAAUAGCCACCUAUAAAGGUGUCAUCAGUAAUGGCGGCAAUCACAAUUCUACAAUGUUUCCGAUGGUCGUUCGUCAUCCGAAACCUACACGUUCAUCAUCAACGAUUUCAUCGUCGAUUGUUUCGAAUCCAAAUCCAUCAUCAUCUAACCAUCAGAGCUCAUCAUCAUAUAGCAAUAGUAAUAUUAAUAGUAAUAAUAAUCAUGAUAAUCGAAUCGGUCAUCGAUUCUAUGGUGAUCCACGUGGUGGCCGAUAUUCAAAUAUUCCACAUUAUCCGAGCUUGUUUUCCACUGAACGUCCUUCAUCACACGGUUCACAAAUUAAUCCAGCCACACGUAUACCACAUGUUCCCUAUCAUCCUUAUCAUCCGCGACAAUUAACAUCAACAUUAAGGCCUGUCCAUGUUGGUUGGCGUCCACAUCCCAUACCGAAUCAUCCGGAUCAUAAUCCACCCAUUCGACUUUCCGAUCAACGUAGCAUUGGUUAUAAAGGAAUCUAUCGACCUAAUGAUAAUCGUGAAAAAAGUGAUGGACUAAAUAGCCAUUCAACAUCAUUAUUAAGGCAAUCAACAUUGACGAUCAUAUCGAUUGUAUCGGCGAUUUGUUUGGCAACAUUAACACUUUGUUCAUCAUCAUCAUUAUGAUCAUCAUAUUUAUUAUAAUGAAACCCUAAACUAUAUAUUGGGUUGUGUUGUCAUCUGUAUGAUGAUGAUGAUGAUAACCGAUAUCUAAUCGAAAUUCACUCAAAACAAAAUCAAUCGCCCAUGAUAAAAAGUGCAUUCUUCUCUUGUUCAAUCAACAUCCACCUUUUUAUUUCUUGGUUUCUUGAAGAGCUCACGAACACCCAAAGUGAUAUACGUUUCGUGUUCCAAAUUCAUUGUACCAUGCUUUUUCGCCAUCUUAUUUUCUGUAAAUCUUAUUCACAAAUCUGAACGAAUUUUUUCAACUUGUUGUUUAUUAUUUUAUUUUAUUUAUUAAUUUUUUCUUUGCCAAUUAGUCAUGUAAACUUUAUCUCUCAUUUUUUUCUUCUUUUUCUCAUAAUGCUUGUUUGCACAAUUGUUGUGCAUAACGUUUUUUUUAUUCAUUUUGCAGCCUUUCUUACCAUUCUUAUACACACACAGCUUUGGUCAACCAGAAUCAUUCACAUGUCUAAGUCAGAUACACAAUUUCAUUUUCAAUUACCAAAUUUGCCUUUCCUUUUGUGCUCUCUAUCCAUUUUCCUUAUUCCUCUUUUUUUUAAACUCUGUAAUUGUUCUGUUGUUUUGGUGGCCUGAAGCGAAUCCAAGAAUGAAGUGAAUUGUAUAAUGUACAUAAACUUAUAUCAUUAUUAUUAUAACCAUCAUAUGGCCGAAACAUUUUGUAUAAAAUUUUUCACCAGUAUUUCUAUCACCUGUACACAAUGUCCUCUGUAAAUUAUUACAUUUUAUAUUGAUGAUUAAUAAAUUUCUUCUAUUAUAUAAA